AUGAGCUUGAUGGUUACACAAAAUUCAGUAGAUAAUGAGGAAUCUACGGAUUUUUCUUCUCAGGAUUUUAAUAAUUGGCCUCUGGAACUUAGACGAGUUAAGUUAUAUGAAGUAGAUCCAGAUAAUGGGAACUGGAUAGACUGUGGAACAGGUUAUUUAAAUAUUGAAAAAUACAAAAGUCAAAUUUAUAUCAUUGUACAUAGUGAUGAUCCAGUAAAUGUCAUACCCUGUGAUAAUUCUCUCAACAAUACUUCGAUACAUCAUAGUUCUAAUAAUACUUCAAAUAUAUUAUCUUAUAUUGUAGAUACUCCUAUUAUGAAUAAUCGAGAAUAUUGUCGUCAGAAAGAAACAAUUAUAACAUGGCAGGAUGGGAAUAAUCCUGAUUUAUAUAGGGCCUUAAGCUUCCAACAUUCAGAAAGUUGCAAUACAACUUGGGAAUUUAUACUGGCAAUAGCUCCUCAUCUAUGUGUAGACUUAACAGGUGAUGAAAAUACAAUAGAUAAUAAUAAUAACUUUUUAAUACUAGAGAGGCCCCGGAUAUAUAAUUUAGAUCGAAUAAUAGAAGAAUUAGAGUUAGAGGCUCAACAGCAUAGUUCUGAUAACAUAGUUACUGACAUUUUACAUAAAGGUUUUUUAUCUCAAAUAUUCGAUUUAAUGGAAGAAUUGGAAGAUCGAAAAGAUAUGAGAUCAUUAUAUAAAAUAUUUGAGAUAAUCCGUAGAAUUGUAGUUCUUUAUGGGCAUCAUCCUGAAAUAUAUGAAACUCUUUUAAGUGAUGAGUAUUAUCUUAAAUUUUUCAGAGCAUGUGAAUAUGAUGAGGCAUUAGAGAGUUAUAAAGCGAGAUUUCCUCAUAAAUCUUUUUUACAGAAUGUAAAGUUUCAUAAUGUGGUUCCUUUACCUGAUGUUCAAACAAUUCAUAUGAAUUAUCGUUUAAUGUAUCUCAGAGAUGUUGUAAUGCCUAGGCAUUUAGAUGAACAAAGCUUACAGAGGAUAUCAUCUUUAAUCAAUUCCAAUUUUUCAUCUAUAUUAAACAUGAUUGUUACUACAAGUGAAAUAUGGAGUUAUUUGAAAGAUCAUAUUCAGAAGGAUUUUUUAGCUGCAAAAUUUGUACAUGCAGUUUUAACAGUCUUGAAACAACAUCCAAUGCUAUCUAUUUAUGAGAGGCAUCAGGUAUUUAUGAACAUUAAAUUGCACAAUAUUUUAAGGGAAUUUGAGGGGUAUUUGAGAAGAGAUUGCAUUGGUGCUAUAGAAUUGGAUAAUUUAUCAAGAGCAAGGAACAUUGAUGAAAUCGACCAAUUAGUAACAGAUAAAGAUUCAUAUACUAAUAAUAAGAAUAAAUUAAAAAGAAAAUCAAGUUUAGGAUUAGGAAUUUCAAAUGAUGAAGAUUUGGAAAUUAAUGAUGAUUUUAAAAUUCAACCUAGUAUUCAUCAUAAAAAUAAAUCUCAAAUAUUAUCUCAAUCUUCUAUUACAAUUCAAAGUAAUUACAUUAGUCCUGUAGAUUUGGCAAUUGAAACUUUUUCUUUAGUUUGUGAUAUAAAUCCUGGAUUAUUAAGACAUGCAAUACAAGAAUCUACUAAUACAACCCAAUAUCAAAAACCCUUAGUAAAUAAACCAAAGGAUGAAUUUGUAGAUGAUAAUGUACUUCAUGAAUCUAAUGAGAUAAACAUAAAUUCUUGUUCAGGGGAUAUUCUAUUAAGAAGAAGUUAUUCAGAAACUCAUGAUGUUUACUCUAAUAUUCCAACAUUGUGGUAUCUUUUGUGUGAUAUAUUUGUAAAAUCUCCAAAUGAAAGUGCUCAAGUCCAGAUAUGCUCUAUAUUUAGAAGAAUUUUAGAUCCUAAAAAUAUGGAUGCACCUGAACGUGAUGAUUCUUUAUCUUUAUUUUAUGAUGUUGGAGUACUUGAUAGACUAAUUGACAAUCUUUUAGUAAAUUCUCCUUCAGAACAUAUUUAUAAUGGAGUUACAGAAGCUCUUUAUUCAGCAAGAGUUUUAUUCUGUGAUAUUCUAAUAACUUGUGUUCAAGAACACAAUUAUAGAAUAAAAUAUAAAGUCUUACAAAAUCAACUACCUUAUAGAAUAAUCCACUUGGCCACUAAUCCAUUUCAUAAGCUAUUUUGUAUAGCAGCAAUUAAAUUUUUAAGGACAUGUUUGGGAAUUAGAGAUGAAUUUUAUUAUCGACUAUUUGCUAAACAUGAUAUUUUAAGAGAUGUUAUGUAUAUAUUAGAUAAUAUAAAAGUUUCACGAAGUCGUGGGGAAGGCUGUGUACUAGAAAGUGUGAUACUUGAAAUGUUAGAUUUUAUCUGUCGCAAUAAUAUACAGGUACUUGUAAAUUAUUUAAUGGAAAAUUAUGGCAAAUUAAUAAGAUAUUUAGAUAAAAAGUCUUCUUUAGGAUCUGGUUGUAAAGUUUAUGCUAGAAUUAUUGAAUCUUAUAGGCUCUCACAAUAUUCUUCAUCUAAAGAUAAUUUUGAGAACAUAUGUAAUAGUACUGAGAUUGACAAUAAUAUAAAUGGAUCUAAUACAAAAUUAAAUCCUAUUAAGUGCAGGUACAAUUAUAAUGAGGAAUCUAAAAAUGAUUACGUUUCAAAAUCUUUACAAUUACCUCCAUCAUCUCCUAUCUUAUCUAAAUCAUGUACAUAUUGGGAUGAUGAAUCAGAAUUAUCAAGUGAGAAUUCACACAACACUAAUGAAGAUACAAUAUAUAAUUUUAUUAAUAGUAGGAAUAUAGAUUCUGAAAAACCAGAUAUUUCAGAUAAAUUAAAUCAUGUAGGUGAUUUCUGUAAUACUAAUGCAUCGAGAGAGAAACAGAUCGUGAAUGUUGAUAAUGUAUGUACUAAUAGAACAAGGUUUCAAACGGAUAUUAAAAAUAAGCAUCUAAAUUAUAAUGAUCAAUAUCAGGAAAAUUAUUUAUCUAUAAAAUAUUUGGAUAAUUUAUCAUUGUUAGGAUACUCUACUACAGAUGAAGAUGUUAGUCCUGUUUUACAUCCUCCUGGAGAAAAAUAUAGUAUAGCAAAUAACUCCAGCACAAUUACAUCAAAUAUUAAUAAAAAAGUUGAGUUAAAAAUUAAAUGGAUACAAGAUGGAAAUUCUAAUAAUGAUCACCAAUUUGAAGAAAAAGUUGAAUCUUUAAAUAAAAUCACAAUGAAUACUAAUGAUAAAGACUCACUUUCUAUAGAAGAUAAUAGUGAUGUACAUAAUAAUACAAUAAUAUCAGAAACUCCAGUAAUAGAACAAAAGAUAAGUAAUACAUCAAAUAAAUACCACAUUGGUUAUUCUACAGAUGAUAGUGUAAUAUUUAAUGAAAUUGAACAUGAAUCUUCACAGAUGCAUGAUGAAACCACUAGUACUACUGAUGACUUACUAGGAACUAUUCAAUCUAGUAGUUAUAAAAGAUCUAAACAUGAUAACAAUAACUAG